UGAGUGGUUUAAAUUUAGUAACAACUAACAAUUAUUGUUUAAUGAAUUUGGAAUCCUAAUUAUUAGACAUUAGGCAUUUUUUAAAAGUUAUUAAGAUAUUUGUCACUUACAAAGUUUUUAUUGAAGAUUUGGAUAUAUAUUUCAUUUUAAUGAAGAUUUAUCGUAUUAUUAAUUAAAUAUCCUUUCACAAAGUGAGCUAAAUAAUAUUCUUAUUGUAAAAAUGGCUUCUGGUGAAAUAGAAAAUUCAGACUACCAACAGAAACGAUGGCACAAUAUUAGGAAACUGUUAGAGAGAUCAGGUCCGUUUUGUCAUCCGGAUUUUGAGCCUUCAGCUGAGAUUUUAGACUACAUUAUGAACUCUUGUAAAGUUCUUAUAGUCGGUGCUGGUGGUCUAGGUUGUGAAUUACUGAAGGAUUUGGCUUUAAUGGGGUUCAAGAAACUCCAUGUUGUUGAUAUGGAUACCAUAGAAUUAUCAAAUUUAAAUCGGCAGUUUUUGUUUCGUAAAAACGAUAUUGGAUUAUCUAAGGCUAAGUGCGCAGUGGAAUUUGUUAACAAAAGAAUUCCUGGCUGUGAAGCUAUCGCUCAUCAUUGUCCCAUUCAAGACUUGGAUGAUGGUUUUUAUCGUCAGUUUCACAUUGUAGUCUGUGGUCUUGAUUCAAUUGUUGCUCGUCGCUGGUUAAAUGGAAUGCUAAUGUCCCUGCUGCAGUAUAAUGAUGAUAGAAGUUUAGAUCAAAGUAGUGUUAUACCACUUGUUGAUGGAGGGACAGAGGGUUUUAAAGGCAAUGCUAGGGUAAUUCUACCUGGUAUGAGUGCAUGUAUAGAGUGCACCCUAGACCUUUACCCACCACAGAAAACAUUUCCUUUAUGCACCAUUGCUAAUACUCCAAGAUUACCUGAACAUUGUGUUGAAUAUGUAAAGGUUCUUCAAUGGUGUAAAGAAAAUCCAUGGGGUCCAAACACAGGAUUAGAUGGUGAUGAUCCACAACAUGUAGCAUGGGUGCAUGAAAAGGCUCAAGAGAGAGCUAUGAAGUAUGGCAUUGCAAAUGUUACCUACCAACUAACUCAGGGAGUACUGAAGAAUAUCAUUCCAGCUGUUGCUAGUACAAAUGCAGCAAUUGCUGCAGCUUGUGCUACCGAGGUUUUUAAGUUAGCUUCAUCAUGCUGUGCCAACAUGAAUAACUACAUGGUUUUAAAUAUGUCUGAUGGAGUGUACAGUUAUACGUUUAGUGCAGAAAAAAGGUUAGAAUGUGUUGCCUGUAGUAACACAACUAGAGUAUUGGAGAUAGAACCAGAUGCUACAUUACAAGUCAUUUAUGAUAAAUUAUGUGAAGAUAAUGGAUAUUUAAUGAAAAGUCCAGGUAUAACAACAGUGAUAAAUGGACGUAAUAAAACAUUAUACAUGGCAUCUAUAAAGAGUAUUGAAGAAAAAACUAAAGACAACUUAAAGAGAAGAAUCACAGAAUUAGGUCUUUAUAAUGGUGUAGACCUGUUGGUGGCUGAUGUGACAACUCCUAACACAAUAACCAUAAAGCUAAAGUUUUCUGAUAGUAUAGAUAUUGAUAUGUCCCGAUAAUUAUAAACAUUUAUGGCUA